ACAAAGAACUGUCAUUCUGACAACCAAUAUGGUUGCCUCAUCAAUUAUGUUAUGUUUUUCAAAAAUUAUUAGAACUCCUCAUAUAGCUAGAAUUCAAUGUAUGUCCCAAUAUCCAUCUCAUUUUAUAGAACCAGUGUAUAAAAAAUCUAAACAAGGCGAAUUGGAAAAAUCUGGAGAAAUUAGUAGCAUCGCACAUGUUCCUGUAAAGGCUGCAAAAAAUGAUCAAACCGAUUCUGUGUUUCACGACGAUGCUAUUGCGAAAUUCACAAAUUAUGUAAUGAAAGGAGGAAAUAAGACAUUAGCACGUGAAUUAGUAGAAAAGACAUUUGAACACAUUAAACGUACACAAAUAGAAAAAUAUCACAAAACUAAAAGUCCAGAAGAUAAAGCGAAAAUUAUUACGAAUCCGAGAGUCAUUUUUAGCAAAGCUAUUGAAAAUUGUCAACCUGUUUUAGGAUUAACACCCAUUAAAAGAGGAGGAGCUACUUAUCAGGUUCCAGUGCCAAUAACCCAAAAACGAUCAAGAUUUCUAUCGAUGAAAUGGUUAGUUGAAGCUGCAAAUGAAAAAGAACGCACAGUACAUUUUCCAGAAAAAAUGGCCUGGGAAUUAAUAGAAGCGGCGAAUAAUACCGGACGUGUAGUCAAACGUAAACAAGAUUUACAUAAACAAUGUGAGGCAAAUAGAGCCUAUGCUCAUUAUAGAUGGAGUUAAAAAUAUACUGUUAUAUUUAAUUUGUUAUA